GUACAUCUAGCACAGCUUGUGAAAACUGAUUUCUCCAAGGGCCAUGUACGAGAUAUCAAACCGCAUACAAUAUUUUGGAGACGCAAACCCAUAUAAGAAUGUGUGUUUAUCCAAGACAUCGGUGGUGCAUCCGCACGACGUGGCAAGGGCGCAUAUCUACCUCUUCAAACACCCUUCGGCCAAAGGCAGGUUCAUCUGCUCUUCCGACGUGAUCACCCUCGAAGAGAUGGCCGAGCUUCUCUCCCAGAGCGCUCUAAAGGAAAUUAAAGGUAAUUUGAUGCCGUGCCUUUCGUCGAAAAAGCUCUUGGACAUCGGCUUCGAGUUCAAGCAUGGCCUCGAGUACAUGUUCGACGGAGCUGUACGGAGCUGCAGAGAAAAUGGUUACAUAUGAAGGUGCACCCAACUCACUCGAAUCGCGGUUUUUGUCUCAUCCGAGGAUACUUAUGUAUGCACUUAUGCAUGGCACUUACUUAUAAUGAACUUAUGUCGUUUGUCGAUUUCUUAUAUUGUAUCAAGCACAAUAAAGUCAGAUUAGGUGCUUGGCACUGAGCGCAUCGAGGACAAGUCCGGAUUUGGCCUGGCCACUCUGCUUCAUUGAUAGUGGCCGGAGUCUAAUAUACAAUUCACGAUCCUCGUGUGCAGGUGGGUGGUCGAAGGAGCGCGACACCAAUGCUUCGAUGGCUUUUCGCAAACGCUACACCAAGACUGGCAAUUGUCAACAU